AUGACAGACCGGAGGGUUUCAUACUUCUACAACGCGGACGUGGGCAACUUCCACUAUGGAGCGGGGCAUCCAAUGAAGCCGCAGCGCCUGGCAGUCACUCACAGCCUAGUGAUGAACUAUGGACUGCACAAGAAAAUGAAGAUCUACAGGCCGUACAAAGCCAGUGCGCAGGACAUGCUCCGCUUCCACAGCGACGAGUACAUCGCCUACCUACAGCAAGUGACUCCACAAAACAUCCAGUGCAAUUCGGUGGCCUACACCAAGUACCUGGCACACUUCAGCGUAGGCGAGGACUGUCCCGUGUUCGAUGGCCUUUUCGACUUCUGUGCAAUGUACACAGGUGCCUCGCUGGAGGGAGCCCAAAAGCUAAACCACAACCACAGCGACAUAUGCAUAAACUGGUCAGGCGGACUGCAUCACGCCAAGAAGUUCGAGGCAAGCGGGUUCUGCUACGUAAAUGACAUCGUCAUCGGCAUUCUGGAGCUGCUGAAGUACCAUCCUCGGGUGCUUUACAUCGACAUCGAUGUCCACCAUGGCGACGGUGUGCAGGAGGCCUUCUACCUUACGGACCGAGUAAUGACGGCCUCGUUCCACAAAUAUGGAAACUACUUCUUCCCCGGCACGGGAGACAUGUACGAGAUAGGCGCCGAAUCGGGACGAUACUACAGCGUGAAUGUCCCGCUAAAGGAGGGCAUUGAUGACCAGAGCUAUUUCCAGGUGUUUAAACCAAUCAUAUCGGCCAUUAUGGACUUCUACCGGCCCACGGCUAUAGUUUUGCAGUGUGGCGCAGAUUCUUUAGCAGGAGAUCGACUGGGUUGCUUCUCCCUGAGCACCAAGGGACAUGGAGAGUGUGUCAAGUUUGUAAAAGAACUAAACGUACCCACAUUGGUGGUUGGAGGCGGUGGCUACACAUUACGGAACGUGGCCCGCUGCUGGACGCACGAGACCUCACUGCUGGUGGACCAAGACAUUGAAAAUGAUCUGCCUGCCACAGAGUAUUACGACUUCUUCGCCCCCGACUUUACACUUCAUCCAGAGAUUAACUCACGCCAAGAUAAUGCAAACUCAAAGCAGUAUCUGGAACUUAUCGUAAAGCAUGUAUAUGAAAACCUUAAGAUGUGCCAGCACUCGCCCAGCGUCCAAAUGGUGCAGACCCCGCCUGAUGUGGACUUGGAGGAGCUGCGCAAUAGCCGGGAAGAGGCGAGUGAUCCCGACGUGCGAAUGUCCGUGGCCGAUGAAGACAAGAUGGUUGAUGCCAAGAACGAGUUCUACGACGGCGAUCAAGACCAGGACAAGCCCGAUUCGGCAGAGAGUUAGUACUGGAUAAUGUAGAAUAAGAAUUCGAGUUUUGUGUAAGCAGUAAAGGGCAGCAUGUUAUUUUGUAACAUCAUUGGAAACUA